CCCACCUGUUCUCAGUUGAAACAUCUUUCAUUUCAGCCCUUCGCUGUCCACAUACUUCCUUUCCGUCUCUAGCCAUGAGUCUGAGAAACAAGCGCAUCAGUUCCAGCAGCUCAGUGAGGAGCAGUGGGAAAAUGGGGGGUUACGGCUACAGCAGUCUCAGCGGGAUCUCUCUGGGAGCAUCUGCCCCUAGCUUCAGCACCAGCUCGGCCUACCUUGGAACUCCCAUCGCCAGUGUCUCGGUCAACAAGAGCCUGUUGGCGCCCCUCAACCUGGAGAUCGACCCCAACAUCCAGAUGGUGCGCACGCAGGAGAAGGACCAGAUCAAAUCGCUGAACAACCGCUUUGCCUCCUUCAUCGAUAAGGUGCGCUUCCUGGAGCAGCAGAACAAGAUGCUGGAGACAAAGUGGGACGUUCUGCAGAGUCAGACCCCGGGCCGGUCCAACGUUGAGCCCAUGUUUGAGGCUUACAUGGCCAACCUGCGCAGGCAGCUGGACGUGGUCAACAACGAUAGGACUAAGUUGGACGGAGAACUGCGGAACAUGCAGGGUCUGGUUGAGGACUUCAAACACAAAUAUGAAGACGAGAUCAACAAAAGGAACAACCUGGAGAACGACUUUGUGAUUCUGAAAAAGGAUGUGGACUCGGCGUAUCUGGUGAAAGCUGACUUGGAGGACAAAGUUGGUGCCCUGACUGAUGAGAUCAACUUCCUGAGGACCAUCUACGAUGAGGAGCUGCGUGAGCUGCAGGCCAGCAUUACAGACACGUCUGUCGUUGUGCAGAUGGACAACUCACGAAGCCUUAACAUGGAUCACAUCGUGGCUGAAGUCAAGGCUCAAUAUGAGGAGAUCGCUGCCAAGAGCCGCGAAGAGGCUGAAUCCUGGUACAAGUCCAAGUUCGAUCAGAUGUCCUCUCAGGCAAUUCAGUACAACGAUCAACUGCGAAACGCUAAAGGGGAGAUCGCAGAUAUCAACCGUAUGAUCAGUCGCUUGCAAAGCGAGAUUGAAGUCAUUAAAUCUCAGCGUGUUAACCUGGAGAGUCAGAUCGCGGAGGCUGAGGACCGUGGCGAGAUGACAGUGAAGGAGGCCAAAGGUCGUAUCAAAGACCUGGAGGAUGCACUGCAGAGGGCGAAGCAGGACAUGGCCCGCCAGCUCCGUGAAUACCAGGAGCUCAUGAAUGUCAAGUUGGCGCUGGAUAUUGAGAUCGCCACCUAUAGGAAGCUGUUGGAAGGCGAGGAGGACAGAAUUGGGCAUCAAUCCAUUGUGAGCAUCCAGUCUGCCCCCAACUACAGUUCCAAAGCGUCAAAUAGUUUUCAGCAGAACAGCUCUCCUUCACCGAAAAUCCUGAUCAAGACUACUGAAACCAGAAACAACACCAGAUUCAGUACCCACUAAAAGUCUGAAGUACAAUAAGCAUGAUAGAAAAUACCAUAUAUACUUUAGCUGUGACAGUUCGCCUUAAAGUCAACGAACCCUAUUUACUUUCUUAUUACAGACUCCUGGUCUAAUUGUGCACAGUGCAAGCUAUUUUGUGUUAUUUCGUCAAGACAAAAUAACUCGCUUUGCCUCUGAAAUGACCAAUAGCAAUUCAGACCAUUUAAUAUUCCAGGUUUAAUACAAGUUAAGCUCAGUCAACAGUAUUUGUGGCAUAAUGUUCAUUGCCACAAAAAUGAAUUUCAACUCGUCCCUCGUUCUUUAAAAAAAGCAAAAAUCGAGUCGACACUGAGGCACUUACAAUGGAAGAGAAUGAGGUCAAUCUGUAAACAUUAAAAUGCUCACUUUUUCAAAAGUAUGGCGACAAGACGUGAAUAAUAUGCAUGUAAAAAUUAUUUUAGUGUGAUAAAAUCGCUUACGAACCUUUUCUGUGUAAAGUUAUAUCCAAUUUUACAACGUUGCCAUGAUGACUUAACGCUGUAAACCCUAAAACGACCGUAAAAAUUAUGAUUUUAACAACUUUACAGUUCAAAUUAUACCCACUUUUUACAGAAGAAUUAAUGUAGGUGCUUUUAUAAAAUUAUAAGCUUCCCAUUUCUGCCUUCAAACCCUCCAGAAAUUGGGCCUUGAAUUGCCCCAGCAACUUUUGUAGGUAAGGCAGCCUUCUGAAAAUCUUGCAAGUAGUUUAAUGCCGGUUGACAUUGAUGUAAUUAAGGUUGUGGCAAUAGCAAAUGGAAAUAGAUUUGUAAAAUAAGUAUUACCUUUGGGAUAUGUGGAAAUGUUCUGGAGGGGGAACUUGAUCUUCAUCCUCCACAUCCAUGUAAAAAAGUCCUCCAUAUCCUCCUCCAUUUUUUACUUGUUUUAUUGUUUUACCUGGAAAAAUGCAUCACAUCAUGGAAGUCAAAUUGGUUGUUUUAUGUUGACAUUAAAUAUAGGAGUAGUUUUCUUUUUGUGAAUCAAUGGUUGAAAUCUUAAAUAAAUCUGAAAUAUCUGAUCUUUAUGCCUGAUUAGAAUACAAUCCAAAAAUAAACUACAGUACAAAACGUAACGAAACUGUGGUAUCAUUUAUCCUGUAAACUGAACCUCUUUUAUUUUGCCAGUGUGCUUCUACAGACCGCAUUAUGUAAAAACCGGACAAUCUUUUAUAUAAUGUACAUAUCUAAAAGAAGAUGAAGAACAUGAAACA